AUGGCGAACGACAUGUCGGAAGCACUCGCACAACUAAAUAUUUCGAACAAGCUUCCACAACAAUUAACAAAGGAAGACAUUAUAAACAAACACCUACCCACGGUUGGCCACUGGGAAGAUUUUUACUACAAAUACUCUCAGUCAAUGGGGUUUAGUGUUAGAAAAGAAGAUGUCUGUUGGGACAAUGAAAAUAAAGAGUGUCAAAGAAAAUGGGUUUGCUCUAAUCAAGGGUUUAGGCAAGAAAAGUGGACAAACCUAAAGAACCGUAAGAAAAAACCUAGGGUUGUUACUCGCACAGGGUGCCUAGCACUACUGCGCGUGAAGUUCAACAAGUUCGAAAACAGUUGGGUGGUGAAAGACUUUAACCCAACGCAUAAUCAUGACCUUGCUUUGAAGACAAAUAUGCAGUUCUUGAGAUCUAACCAUGUUGUCCCAGAUUGUAUGGGUGCCCAAGUAAUAUCAAUGAGACUGUCGGGCAUACGGACUUGCCACAUAUUGAAUCACCUUGCUGCAAAAAGAGGAGGACAUGAGUAUGUUCCGUUCUUGAAAAAGGACCUAUACAAUUGGAUUGGACGACAAAGAGAGUUAGAAGAGGAGGACGAAACAGAUGCUGAGGGUGCCCUGGGAUACUUGGAAUGUCUUGGGUUAUGUGACCACAAUUUUUUUAAAACACACACGAUAGACGCGGAGUAUAGGCUCGCUGACUUAUUCUGGGCCGAUGGAAUAUCGAGAGAUGACUAUGGACAUUUUGGGGAGAUCAUCGCAUUUGACACAACGUACAAGAAGAAUGCGUACAACAAACCCCUUCUCCUUUUUGUCGGCGUGAAUCACCACUUCAGAACUGUUGUAUUUGCAGUUGCAUUGCUGUACGAUGAGAAGGAGGACACAUACAUUUGGUUGUUGGAAGAAUUCCUUCAAUGUAUGAACAACAAAUUGCCUCGGGUUGUUGUCACUGAUGGAGAUAAAGCUAUGGAAAAAGCAAUAGAGAAGGUCAUGCCUCAUGCUAUCCAUCGUUUGUGUGCGUGGCACCUUCAAAAAAAUGUUACCAUUAAUGUCCCUCACCCGAUUUUCAAGACAAGGUUUAAUGAGCUCCUAUAUCAAUAUUGUACAGAGGAAAAGUUUGACAAGACUUAG